CCCCGCCCCUUUCUGGAAAGCGAGGCGGGGAUUGGAUGAGCGCAGGGAGCGGCCCGCCCUCGGCGGCGCGUGAUUGGCUGGGGGCCUGAGGUGCGCUGGGUGUCAUUCCCCGUGGGGGUCCCAAACAGUGUCAGUGAGGCGGCGGCAGGUAUCUGCAAAGAAACAAUGGCGACAGAAUCUCCACGCCGCCCUAGUCGAUGUACUGGAGGAGCAGUGGUUCGUCCACAAGCUGUCACGGAACAGUCAUACAUGGAAAGCGUUGUUACGUUUCUUCAAGAUGUUGUGCCACAGGCCUACAGUGGUACCCCACCAGCAGAAGAAAAGGAGAAGAUCAUUUGGGUCAGAUUUGAAAAUGCAGAUUUAAAUGAUACGUCAAGGAAUAUGGAGUUUCAUGAAAUACAUAGCACUGGGAAUGAACCACCAUUACUGCUGAUGAUUGGCUACAGUGAUGGAAUGCAAAUCUGGAGCAUACCUAUCAGUGGUGAAGCUCAGGAACUCUUCUCUGUUCGCCAUGGUCCGGUUCGAGCUGCACGAAUCUUACCAGCUCCACAAAUCAGUACUCAGAAAUGUGAUAAUUUCUCUGAGAAGCGGCCUCUUCUUGGUGUGUGCAAAAGCAUUGGAUCUUCAGGCACAAGCCCACCUUACUGCUGUGUGGACCUCUAUUCUCUGCGGACAGGAGAGAUGGUCAAGUCCAUACAGUUCAAAACUCCUAUUUAUGAUCUGCAUUGCAAUAAAAGAAUACUUGUUGUAGUCCUGCAAGAGAAAAUCGCCGCCUUCGACAGCUGUACUUUUACCAAAAAAUUCUUCGUCACAAGCUGCUAUCCAUGUCCAGGGCCAAACAUGAAUCCUAUUGCGCUCGGAAGCCGUUGGCUUGCUUAUGCAGAAAAUAAGCUGAUCCGAUGCCAUCAAUCCCGUGGUGGAGCCUGUGGAGACAACAUUCAGUCUUACACUGCCACAGUCAUUAGUGCUGCCAAAACGAUAAAGACUGGACUUACAAUGGUUGGGAAAGUAGUUACCCAGCUGACAGGGACGCUGCCUUCAGGAGCAACUGAAGAAGAAAUUUUAGCUCAUAGCAACAUUCGUCGAAGUCCUCUGGUGCCCGGCAUCAUCACUAUUAUUGAUACAGAGACAGUUGCAGAAGGACAGGUACUUGUCAGUGAGGACUCAGAUAGUGAUGGUAUUGUGGCCCACUUUCCUGCACAUGAAAAGCCUAUUUGCUGCAUGGCUUUUAACCCCAGUGGGAUGUUGCUGGUCACUACUGACACAUUAGGCCAUGAUUUCCAUGUUUUUCAAAUACUGACACAUCCUUGGUCAUCAUCACAAAGUGCCGUCCAUCAUUUGUAUACACUUCACAGGGGAGAGACUGAAGCCAAAGUACAAGAUAUCUCCUUCAGCCAUGACUGUCGCUGGGUUGUGGUCAGCACACUGCGGGGCACUUCCCAUGUCUUCCCCAUCAAUCCGUACGGUGGCCAGCCCUGCGUCCGAACACACAUGUCACCCCGCGUGGUGAACCGCAUGAGCCGAUUCCAGAAGAGCGCGGGGCUGGAAGAGAUCGAGCAAGAGCUGACAUCUAAACAAGGAGGACGCUGUAGCCCUGUUCCAGGCCUGUCAAGCAGUCCUUCUGGCUCACCACUCCAUGGUAAAUUGAACAGCCAAGACACUUACAAUAACUUCACAAACAAUAAUCCUGGGAACCCUCGACUCCUGCCUCUUCCAAGUUUGACUGUGGUGUUGCCUCUUGCUCAAAUCAAGCAGCCAAUGACAUUAGGGACCAUCACCAAACGCACAGGACCUUACCUGUUUGGAGCAGGAUGUUUUUCCAUAAAAGCUCCAUGCAAAACCAAACCAGCUCCACAAAUUUCACCCAGUAAGUCUAUGGGAGGAGAGUUUUGUGUUGCUGCAGUCUUUGGAUCAUCAAGGUCAUGGUUUGCAAACAAUCCAGGGCUGAAAAGAGAAAAAGAUCAAUCGAAACAGUUUGUAGUGGAGUCACUGUAUAUUAUCAGCUGCUAUGGCAGCCUGGUGGAGCACGUAUUGGAGCCACGUCCACUCAGCACCGCUCCGAAGAUCAGUGAUGACACGCCCUUGGAAAUGAUGACGUGCCCAAGAGCCAGCUGGACUUUGGUUAGAACUCCUCAGUGGAAUGAACUCCAACCACCAUUUAAUGCAAACCAUCCACUGCUCCUGGCUGCAGAUGCAGUACAGUACUACCAGUAUCUUCUUGCUGGCUUGGUUCCACCAGGAAGCCCUGGACCUAUCACUCGACAUGAGUCGUACGACAGCUUAGCAUCUGACCACAGCGGACAAGAAGAUGAAGAGUGGCUUUCACAGGUUGAAAUAGUGACUCACACCGGGCCUCAUCGGCGCCUGUGGAUGGGCCCACAGUUCCAGUUCAAAACAAUUCAUCCCUCUGGCCAAACCACUGUCAUUUCAUCCAGUUCGUCAGUGCUGCAGUCGCAUGGUCCCAGUGACACCCCACAGCCUCUUCUGGACUUCGAUACAGAUGAUCUUGAUCUCAAUAGUCUCAGGAUUCAGCCAGUUCGUUCAGAACCUGUUAGCAUGCCGGGGUCAUCACGUCCGGUUUCUGAUCGCAGAGGAGUUUCAACAGUGAUUGAUGCUACCUCAGGUGCCUUUGACCGGAGCGUGACCUUGCUGGAGGUGUGUGGGAGCUGGCCCGAGAACUUCGGUCUCCGCCACAUGUCUUCCAUGGAGCACACUGACGAGGGCCUCCGGGAGCGCCUGGCAGAUGCGAUGUGCGAAUCCCCCAGCAGGGACAUAGUGGGAUCAGGAACAGAAACAGCCGGUGAAGUAGCAGUAAAAAACAUCACCACAAAGAGGCACAUGGCUUUGAAAUGUUUUGAGCUUCAGCGAGAGGGAAGCAUAGAGACGCUCAGUAACAGCUCCGGUUCCACCAGCGGAAGUAUUCCACGCAAUUUUGAUGGUUACAGAUCACCCCUCCCGACUAACGAAAACCAGCCUCUCAGCCUUUUCCCCACAGGAUUCCCGUAAAUUAGUCAAACAUACAAGGGGAGAUCAAGACGGGGUAACAAGCUGUCUCUCUGCCUAAACAAUCUUGAUGUGUCUGUCACCCGCCAGUUAGCUGCCGUGCUGGAUGGUUCUCGUUACCCUGAUAAAUAUUGACGACUCUUCCGCGUAAACCUUCCUGGAACGUACUCACAAAAUCUUGACUUUGUUUUCCUGUGCAAUAUGAAGAGACUCUGUCUUCAAUCCCGAUAGCUCUGCGGCUUCUUUUUUUUUCGCUGUGUUCAGGAAGAGAUUGGUUGAGAAGAAAUCUUUCUAAGCCACUUUCGGUCAAGCAUAUGGUUUCACAACCAUUCUCUGCUUUUUUGUGCUCAGAGACAAAGGGAAUCUCGGUAACGUGUGGUGCAAGCGCCAGCCAGGAGCUCCAGCCGCCUGCAAAAGUGCCGAGCAUUAACGAAUGAACUGGAGAGAGUGGAGAUUCAAGGACUUUCUGUGGACAGGGUUGAUCAUGUUAUUCCUUCCUUGUUGCGUCUCCUUGCUGCCCUCCUUCCCCUCUAGAUUCAUCAAUGCCAGGAGUAUUACAAAUGGAAAUGUUACUUUUUGUUCUUCGGAAGAAUUCUCUCUAUUGCUCCAGUUUUACUCUAGUCAUGUAUUUUAGAAACGUACUUAAUUGACUAACUGCAGUCACCGAUUUCUCAUACUUGGUUAUAAAAGUUGUUCGCUGGAACUCAGAUAUCUGUCCAGAAAUGCAUGUGUCAUUGAAUAAAUCUAAGUUAAACAAGAAACUACUUAAA